GUCUUCUAACUUCCAACUGUCUUUCUGAUAGUCGCUAUCUUUUACCUCUCUGCAAUCUGUAGCUAAUUUUCUUCUGAGAAAUGUGUUGGAAGUACAUUUUGUUGCUAUCAAUCUGUCUACUACGGCUGUUCUCAUGCUCCUGCGCUCGGAUUUUCACUCUGGAAAUGCACCACCGGUUUUCCGCUCAGGUAAAGGAGUGGCACCACCGGAGCCGAACUGGUUUACCGGUUCACAAUUGGCCGGAAAAGGGUAGUGUUGAGUACUAUUUGCUGUUGGCGAGUCAUGAUCGCACGAUUCACCGGCGAGCGUUGUCGGGUUCUGAUGGUGCUCUCACUUUCUCAGACGGCAACGCCACUUUCCGUAUCAGCUCUUUAGGAUUUUUGCACUACACAACAGUGACGUUGGGCACUCCAGGGAUGACGUUUCUGGUGGCGCUUGAUACAGGGAGUGAUUUGUUUUGGGUUCCCUGUCAUUGUAUGAAAUGUGCAUCUACAGAUGAUUCACCUUAUGCUUCUGAUUUUGAGCUUAGCAUAUAUGAUGCAGAUAGGUCAUCUACAAGCAGACAUGUCACUUGCACCAAUGAUCUAUGCACCCAUCAUGGUAGCUGCAAUGGAACAUCUGGUUAUUGCCCUUACUAUGUGUCAUAUGUUUCAUCAGAAACUUCAACUUCAGGAAUUCUGGUGGAGGAUAUCCUACACUUACGGACCUUAGAUAAUGAUCAGGAAUUUAUAAAAGCAUAUGUUGCAUUUGGCUGUGGACAGGUCCAAACUGGUUCCUUCUUAGAUAUUGCAGCACCAAAUGGUCUACUUGGACUGGGUCUCGAGAAAGUGUCAGUUCCUAGUACCUUAUUCAGGGAAGGUUAUAUGGCAAACUCAUUCUCCAUGUGUUUUGGGCAUGAUGGGACAGGGAGGAUUAACUUUGGAGAUAAGGGUAGCAUCAACCAGGAGGAGACUCCAUUCCAUACGAACUCAUUCCACCCAACCUAUAAUGUUAAUGUCACUCAAGUUCGUGUGGGGACUACUGUCCUUGAUUAUGAGUUCACUGCACUUUUUGACUCCGGCACCUCUUUCACAUAUCUUGUUGACCCCUUCUAUACAAUGCUUUCAGACAGUUUUAAAUCACAUGUACGGGACCAACAGCGUCCACCUGAUCCAAGAAUACCCUUUGAGUACUGUUAUACUAUGAGCCACGACAUGCAGACCAGUUUGAUUCCUGGUAUGAGCCUGACUAUGGAUGGGGGAGGCCAGCUGGUUGUCUAUGAUCCAAUAAUUGUCAUCUCCUCUCCUCACGAACUUGUAUACUGCCUGGCUGUUGUCAAGAGCCAAGAACUCAAUAUAAUUGGACAAAACUUUAUGACUGGCUACCGCAUUGUGUUUGAUCGAGAAAAACUCAUCCUUGGUUGGAAGAAGUUUGAUUGUUAUAACCUGGAAGAUUCAAAUACCUCCAAAGCUAAACCCGUGAACUAUGCUAAAGCACCACCAUCUACUGCUGUCAGCCUCCUUAAUCACACUACUCAGUCUGAUGUACCAGAUAGGAAUAAUGCUCGAGAUUUAGCAGCGUUAUCAUUGCACACAUAUGGUAUGUUUGAUCUGAUACACCAUCUCUUAGUGCUCUUACUCUUUUAGUGUCUAUAGCCAUAUACGGUCCUGGAAUCGCCGUUAAUAGAUCCAGAAUUUUGAUGGCCUCUUCAAUUUUCAAGGAACCUCUGACACAACAGUGAUAGGUUGGAAGUUUUGCAUAGUGUUGGUCUGAUUGUAUCAGAACUCAGUGUUGAUUAAAUGUAGAAC